AUGUAUAUAAGUAUACACUGCCCCAUUCCUCCCCUCUUUUUUUUUUCUUUCUUUGUCUGUGCUGUGUGCUGCUCUGCUGUUUUAUGGGUGUCGGUGCCGUGUCGCCGGGGAGGGGAGCCGUCGAUGGCGAGGUAUGACCUCGGGGAAUGGGUCCAGUCACGUGUGCUGCGGAGCGUCGCGUCACCGUUCCACGGUGUCAUGCGGGAGGAGAGCACCAGACACGAAUGCAACCUUGAGCGGGGCCGAGCAGCCGCUUCUCCUGAUAUGGAUGCUGCAGGCUGUGCGACAAUGCAGGAGUCAGCGCGGCACUACAUUUUUUUCCCGCGGCAAAACACAAUGGACGUUUCCAGGGAACUUGACACACCAGCUGCAUUUUCGACAGUAACGCUCAUCGGCGGCACCGGUUUCUUUGCGCGGUUUGUUGCGGAUCAGUGUCUUCGGCGUGGCAUUAGCGUGACGGUUCUUGCGCGGGAUCUUGAGAAGGCAAAGAACACUCUCCUUCCGCGUCUGCGGUGCAAUGUAACAAAGGGUACGGAGAUUGUGGAAGAACACAACAUGGACCUGAUGGAAUGCGACUGCUUUUUGCGUUACACGUCCAGCAUGAAGAGGGGAAACUUUGCUGUACCGUUGCAGUUGGAAAUACUGAAAGGCGAUGUAACGUCCCCACAGGCUGUGCAGCAUGCGGUGCGGCAGGCAUCUAUUGUUGUGUACAUGGCAUCCGCAAAGUGCAGCAGCUGGUGGAGGCCGUGGGCAAAGAGCAAUGUUCCUGGCUGUGUCAAGGUGGAUGUUGAAGGGCUGCGCCACACGAUCGAUGCAUGUAGUCUCGUGGACGCCCACCUCGUUGCAUUUGUACCGCUCUUCAACAGAUCCUCGUGGGCUUCGGCGCUGCAAUGGUACCGCACGCUGUUUUUGUACCGCGUCGGCUAUCUCAAGGCCACGCGACGGCAGGAACAUCUUCUAAUUGACGACGACGGCUCUCCUUCCGCGCUGUGUCUUCAGCAUGGCGGACCAAUGCGCUUUACGUUGUUUCGAGUAACUGACAUUGUAAACCCAAGUUUUAACGAGCGCGUGGCAAUCGCAAAGAACAACAACGUCGCUGACCCAGUUCAUCUCAUUCCUCUUCGCCGUGGGGAUGUGGACGCGAACCUGCUGGCAAACAUUCUCCUGCGUGCCGUGGCGUUAUGUCGCUCCUCAAUCGGAAGUCGGAUAGAUGUAACGGGGUGCAUGCGGAAUGGCGUUGGAUUGGCACAUGUGGACUCGUUAUUGCACAGACUGCGCAACGAGUAG